AACAUAUUCCUAUCUCCCACUCUUAAAACUAUACAUUGAUAUAUUCCACUCCACCACCCAAUUUACACAUCUUUCCACACGCUCGCAACAGCUUUCAUUGAAUACAUGUCACAGAUGCCUCUCCGUCGAAGAAUUCCGGUCAGCCGGAGAAUCAGACCACCUCAUCCGUCACCUUCUACUCACCGGAAAGUAGCAACUCAUCGAUCGUCAUAUUGGAAGAAGCAAUAUUCGAAAUCAAUCAACAGAUGCAACUCCGAGCCUACUCUGUUGGUCGCUGGUAUCUCUCUCGCCGAUGCUGGUGUUGAUGUCGGAGAUGAUCAUCGGUAUAUGACUCCGCCAGGUGACAGUUGCUCGAUUUUUCGAACUCGGAUCUCUACAGAUGUAUUCUCGUCGUCUCCUGAGUUAUUGCCUAAUUCGCCUGAAAAAAGUAAGAGUUACAACAAAGAUGCAAAAGUUGUGGUUAAGGUAAUGGUUGAGGGAAGCCCGGGACCCAUUCGAGCUUUGGUGAAAUUGGGUUCGAGUGUUGACGAGACAAUAAGACUUGUUAUGAACAAAUAUAAUGCCGAAGGAAGGAGUCCUCGAAUUCAUCAAGAUGUCACCUCUUCCUAUGAGUUGCAUCACUCGUAUUUUAGUCUUAAACGUCUGGAUAAAUCAAAUAUGAUCGGAGAGAUUGGGAGUAGAAGUUUCUAUAUGCGUAAGAGUGUGAAUGACAAGGAAGAUAUGUGUUCUAACGGCUCUGUUGAUUUAAAGAUUGUUGAGUCUACUACAAACGAUUCUCCAACUUUGACUUUGAAUAUUUUCUUGAGAGGACUUGUAUGUCAACAAUUCAAGAAAAUAAUAACAAUGACGAAUAAGAUUUGGAGGUUCUUGGGUUGUUUUGAUGGAUGAUUUUCGAUCAAAUAAAGAUAUGUACAUAUUGUUACUAAAAUUUUAGAAGACAAAAAUCGUUUCUACAUAUGGUAAUCUACACAAUUAAGUAUGAAUGAAGAAUGAAUUAUUCUUCACUUCUUCUUAACCUUGGAUAUGUAAUAAUCCGAAACUUUGGAUUUGAUAUUACACCAAAAAAUAGGUUAGUGUCACUCAGACCUAUUAUUCUAUAUACAAUACAUAGAGUUCCAUAAAUAUAAGGUUAUGAGGAGGUUACAUGUAGGAGCCUUACAUCUACCGGGGGUAAAGAGUUUACUUCCAUAAAAAGAUCUAGAGGAUAAAGUAACAAGCAGAUAAAAAAAUCAUUUACACAAAAUGGAUCAAUAGAGUAUAAAGCAAACAAGGAGGU